AUGAAGCGAAGCACUCCUCAAGAGCGACUGUGGGAGAACGGAUUGCGCCAGGGUGCUCGAGCAUGUAAUGGUUCUGCGGUGAUGUCGUCUUCGCUGGCGAGUCGUAGCUUGAAAGUGAGAAGGCCAACAAUUGAAACCAAAAGAAGUGAAAAUAGUGCCACUUCGACACCAUUGAUAGCAGCUACCGCGCUUCAAGCGUAUCUGGCCAACGACAUCGACGCAAAGAGCAGGAUACCUCGUCUUCGUCCUGCAUUUGGGCCGACUGGGGAGCAACCGUCGAGACCCGACACAAUACCGAACGAAAGAUGUAAUGAUCGACUGGGUGAACGUCAAGAGGGCGUAGAGGUGCUAAAACUUGAUGCACCACCUGAUAACAACAUCGAAAAUGCUGCUGCCGUACAUGGAAUCGCUGUUUCACGAGCCGAGAGCCCAUUGUCGAGCUUCCAGAAGCAUACUAAGGCAGCAAGUAAAAUCCGUUCCAAAGACUUUUCAGAACCAGAUGCUCUGGGUCGCGGUUUGCAAAGAUCAAUCCAUCCCAGCUUCUUGGAAGUUAGUCGCUCCAACCCACCGCAAGCACGUCCAGAUGCAGCUCAGUCUACGGUUGCAUUCCUAAACAACUCUCCACCAGCCCCACACGCGAAGCCAGUAAAGCCCAUGAUACCGCAGCUGUCAUCUUCUCCAUCGCCAACUCUGGAAGCCAAAGACACCAGCGGGAAGCCGUUACGAGAAGCAAAAGAGACUGCAGCAAGAAUCAACGACGUCAUCGUGGCUACCAACGCCAUUCUGUCAAUUCAGCGUAUGUGGCGGAGCCGUCGAAAGCCCAAAGAUGGUCGUGCAGUAGUGCUUAUUAUUGACAAAAGCUGUGAUGUCAAUGUCACCCCAUUGUUUCAUGCUGAGAACGCGAGAUGCGAGCGAGCGACUAACCAGAAGCUCCAAGAGUCUGUACGUAGAGGAAACUCAGUGGAUCAAGGCGAGCUCGUGUGGAAGCGCCCCCACCAGAUUAUCCAACGACUAGAAGCUCAGCGACUCUCCAUGGUUGAGAAAACCCGGAGAAAGCGAGAGCACCGACAAAAAUGUCCAGCUCUGCUAGUACCCAGUGCUGGUCCUGACAUUGGAGCCGAGAAACUUAAAGCGGAAACGUUGUCGGUGCGGGCGGCUAGUACAGUGACAUCCCAAGGCCACCCAAAGACUAUUCAAAAGAGUAUUCUUCAGCGACAGUGCAAACUGCCUCGUGUUUUUCGCCUCAAGCGAACUAAUACCACUAAAAAAUUGGUGCUUCGUGCAACAAGAGGGCCGUCAAAAGCGCAAAAGUUGUUGGGCCAAGAUCAGCAAGCGUCGAGAGCUUGCGACCAACAUGGUCAUGCUGUGCCCUCACGUUUAAUAAGCAAAGAGGAAGCAGGCGUGUAUGAUCGCUUCAUGGUUUUCCCAGGCGCUGCGCUGACGUCGAACAACAUGGAUACCAAGCAUUCAAGAAAUGAUCUGAUUAGCGUGGGUGAGCUCGCUCUAGCUAGGAGUCUGCUCUAUGACAAACAACAAUGCCAAGCUACGAUCAAUGAGGUCGAGCACCUCAACGACUUAAUACCAUUGACGUCGGCGGUGCCUUCGAUCCAUGUAAGCAGAUCUGGCAAGCUCAGCGAGAUUCUUCCUGAACAGCCAGAAGCGAUGAGAGGUUCAGCGCUGGUCGCUGAAAUAUACCCUACUGAAAGGAAUGGCGAUGGAUACGCUUAUGGCAGUAGUGCCACUGAACGUGAAUCCCUGGAGGACAAUGAGAGAUCCGGCCAAGAGCCUCGAGAGUCAAGUCGCUGCAAGAAUUCGUGGGAAAAACUGCACGUGCGAGUGGGAAGCUGUCGUACUCGCAGCGAUGACUGCGCUUCGUACACACCAUCGCCUUCCAGCGGGAGUUUUAAUUUUAUCAAACCGUGCGAAGCGGAAAAAGCGGCGGACGUCUUGCCUCAACACUGUUCUACGGAUCUCGUGUUUUCGCUGAACAGCAGCAAGAGUUCCGUCACCAAGACGGUACUUCAAACGCACAGGCAGUAUCGAGACCAACAUGAUGAUACAUGUAACCAACAGACCGAGGCAGCACCUUCUUCGCAAUACCCCAUUCCGGUGGCGCAGCUCUCCCAGCCUCGAUUAGACGAAGAAAAGCGGGAUGAGUUCCUGCGCGUGCUGAACGACUUCAAGCGCUGUCUGCGGCCGCCGCCGCCAUACUCGAGCAAUGUGUUGCACUCGUCUACCUCGGCGGAGUAUGGACUCCAUACUCAUGGGUCACCAAUCCUACAUGAGACCACGGAGUCGCUGACGUUGCCAACGGUCAACGCUGACUCAGACCUGUAG